AGCAAGCAAAUAAGUAAGUAAAGACCACAGAGCUUGGAAAGACUAAAAAAGGAAGGACCUGAAGGGUUCCUUAGGACGUCCCUACCUCCCAUUGAAGUUGAAAUGUAAAAUGGUUAAGGAGAGGGUAAGGGUUAAGUUUAGGGUAGGGACGUCCCAAGAAUCCCAGUUUGCACUACUCGACCUUAGAGACACCCCGGAAGGCACAUCAAAGUCUAGCAGUUUCAUUGGUUAACAGCAGUUGCUUUGUUGUGCACCGCCAAAAAAAUUAUAACACAGGUAGCUAAUUUUAACAAGAGAUUUUCUUUACCUAGCUAAACUCACAGCAUGGCUUGAUUGAUUUAUGUAGUUGGGUCAAGCGUACACGUGCCACACUAGUUAUAUUAAUUUACCAGUAGCUUAGCUUGCUAGCUAGCUAGGUGUUGUCAACUUUUCAAUGGUGCGUCUUUCACCAGUCUUUCAGUUUCAACUUUAGCGUUGUCAUUUCGAGCUCACGAGAGCGAGGGUAAACUAGUUUAGAAACAAAACGGUGGGUCGAUCUGCUAAGAAGACAACGGAGCCAGAGAUGGCUAUCGCCCACGUCGCUACAGAGUAUGUUUUCAGUGAUUUCCUCCUGAAGGAGCCGGGUCAGGCAAGGUACCGCGCCGUGCGCACUGAGCUAGCCAUGGACAAGAUGGUGACAUGCGUGGCGGUGGGACUCCCUCUGCUCCUCAUCUCUCUUGCGUUCGCCCAGGAGGUCUCUGUGGGUGUUCAGAUCAGCUGUUUCCCUCCAGCUAACUUUUCCUGGCGUCAGGCCAUGUACGUGGACUCCUACUGCUGGGCAGCCCUACACACUCACACACUACCCUUAUGGCUACACAAGUUCUUCCCCUAUAUCCUGCUGUUGGUAGCAGUAAUUAUGUAUAGUCCAGCGGUUUUCUGGCGUUUCUCUGCCUCUCCUCUGCUUCAGUCAGACCUCAGCUUCAUCAUAGAAGAGCUCGACCGCUGCUACAACCGUGCUGUCACUCUGGCUAAACACAUGGCCACUGCUGGGGAAUACACAGACAGUGGUGCGUCCGACCCUACUGAGGGGUGUUUCAUGUACCCGGUGGUGGAGCAGUAUCUGCUGACCAAGAAGAGGAGUGUUGUGUUGUUGUGGCGCUACCUGCUGUGUCGAGGCCUCAACCUGCUCACCUUGCUUCUGGCCUGUGUCUACCUGGGCUACUAUCUCCGCCUCGCCUCCCUCACUGACCAGUUCGGCUGUUCCCUGCGCACCGGACUCCUGGCCAAUGACACCUCAAUCCCCGACCAAUUACAGUGCAAGCUGGUCGCUGUGGGCGUGUUCACUUUGCUAAGCUUUGUUAACCUGCUGGUGUACGCCAUGCUGGUUCCCGUGGUGAUAUACUGCGCUCUGCGCCCCUUCUUACAAUCACACACCCAUUUCCUGAAGUCCUACCAAUCACUGCCCACCACCGGUGUUCUGCCCCGCCCCCAGGGCCAAUGGGAUGACCUGACACUCUACUUCCUCUUCCUGGAAGAAAACCUCAGCGAGCUCAAGUCAUACAAGUACAUGAAGGUGUUGGAGUUGCUGAGGAGGAGGGGUGUGUGUGAGGGGGAGGACUUUGAUGCCAUGGGACUGCUUCAGAUGCUGUGUCUAGUGAAGAUGGAUGUCACGGACGGAAAGAGGAGCACCGCAGCUACCUCCAAUGCUAGUGACAAAACCUCCAAUGCAAAUGCUAUCCUUAAUGCUAAAGCUAAUGACAACCCUAUUGCUAAAGCUAUUCAUAUUGUUAACCCUGCCGCUGGGGAGGCCAGUAGCAAGGCCCCAGUCCCCAGCCCAGCUUCCCCAGACCCAGGCCAAAGCCAGACCAGGGCCACUGAGAUGACAGAAUUCUCUGCUCUCUUGCCAGGCAACAGUGCGAUGACAGGCGGAAGGCAGAGUGACGACGGGGCGGUCCGACAGCGAAUUAUCUGAUCGUUGCCAUGAAGGAACAGCCCCAGUGGGUUGUGGGACACUAGGAACCAGAGAGGUUCUAAGAACCAGAGACCCAACAAGCCAUUAUCUAAACAACUCAGACUAAGGUUUAGCAGAGAUGUCUUGAUGUCAAUGGGACAGAGUUGUAUUAACUAACGCCAGUGGUACUAGCCAACAAUGUUUUGAUGUGAUCAGGGAUUUGAAUCGGACAAGCAGUUUCUGGGUAUCUUCCUAUAUUGAAAUCCAUACUGCCCAAGGUGUGUGUGUGGUGGCGGCAUACUGUCUGCAGAAGGGUCUUUCUAUAAACUAGGGUACCACUGAGGAUUUCCUACACUGGACAACUUGUUACAGCUGUUGAUAAGUCAUUGAUAAUAUUCAGCCUUUUUUAUCAUGUCAUUACAUGAAGAAAUAAGGGGGGAUCAUAGCUAUAUUCAGUACAAUUCACCAGUUGAUUUAAAACCUAUGUUUAACCCUUUAUCAUAGUUGGUGUUUUCGCAGAUUUGCCCAAAAUCGUGUGACAUAAAAUGACUUUUCUAUCCUUACAGUUAUGGCAGUGUAAGUUGUCUUUAUAUAAUAUAUUAAGCAUUAAUCAGUUAAAUUAGAUAUUGAACUUGAACUUGUAAGAAUCCUGGAUCUAGCCGUUGGACAGUUUUUUUGUAUUUUUUUUGUAUAGAGAUCUCAGAAAUGCAGUGUAACUAGUAACAUUUUGUGUGGAUCUCCUUAUGUUAUGGUGUGAAAAGAGUUUAUGGGCACACAAAUCCAAAAUGAUGUAUGCAAUUGCAAAAUCGAAAGCUUUUAACAGAGAGUCCCCUUACCUUGAUACUUAAAAGCUAAAUCGAUA